GUUACUAAUAGUUUACAUUUAACUUUUUUGAUGAAUUUCCCGAUAUUGUUAAAAAAUGACUAUUUGGUGUAAUGCGUGCCAGUGUUACGUCAGGACGCCGUGUACGUCGCAUCACGUGAGCGAGGAUCAACGGUCUUCAUCUUUUUGCAGGAGGUUCAGAUCAACCAAAGGAGCAUCUAAAGCCAGAAGGGACCAAAUCAACAAUGAAAUCAGGAAUAUGCGAGCCUUAUUGCCAAUAAUGUCCGAUGACCAAGACCGCCUCUCCUACUUACACUCCAUGGCAGCCAUUUGCACCUACAUUAAGAAGUCAGUGCUUUUUCAAGGAUUGAUGUCUAAGGAGGAAUCAAAAUGUUCCCUUUCUUCUGAGGCCUUUCUACAAGCGCUCCACGGCUUCAUCCUGGUCACCACAGCCCAGGGGAGGCUGGUCUGUGUGUCCGAAAAUGUGGUGGAAUAUUUGGGGAUUUCUAUGGUGGAUGUCCUGCAGGGAGACUCUUUGUUCGAUAUGAUGGAGCCCUCAGACAUUGAUGUUGUGAAAUCAAACCUGGACUUUGACAGCAAUUCUUCACCAGAGAGGAGUUUUGUUUGUUCUAUGCAAACUUCCAAAGCCUUCAAGCUCCAAAAUGGCGGCUGCGGUUCGAUGCUGGUUCGGGCCAGUUUUCAGUACUUCCCUCUCCCCUCCUCUUCCUCCUCUUCCUCUACUUGUCCUGUCACAGAGCCCCUGUUUGUGGCCCUCUGCACCCCCACUGUGGACCGGCUCAGGACUGACAACUCCCAGUAUUCCCAUUCAUUCACCAGCCUCCAUAGACUGGACAUGAGCUUCAUCCAAGUGUCAGACGGUGUUUUGUAUUAUCUUGGUUACUCAUCCGAAGAAUUAGAGAUCAGAUCAUGGUACAGCCUCAUGCAUCCUGAAGAUCUUUCUCUGAGCGCAGAAUCCCAUAAAACCUUAGUGCAGACAGAUGAUGGCUCUCAGCUGCAGAUGGUGCUUAGACUCCAGUGUAAAGACCUGUCCUGGGUCUGGAUCUAUAUCAGAGCUAACAAGGAGCCCCAGAGCAUCAGCUGCACUAACUACAUCAUCAGUGAAACCGAGGCCAGAUUUCUCCAACAGAAAAUCAACAGUGAUGCUUUUGGACCAUCGGAUUUAUGCCACUCUUCCACUGCACAGCCAACAACUUCAAAUCACAAAACCAGAAAAUGUUUAAAGAGACAGCGGACGUCAAGUAGCCAAGGAGAGGAGCUGUGUGCCAGAAGUAGGAGGCGAGAUUCAUGGAUUGAUCAAAGUUUUGUUGCAUGUGAUUUGAACCAAGAAGACUCCUCCCCUGGUACUAAAUGUGAAAGCCCUAACCUGUUCACACCUCCAUACACUCCCACCUCCUCUGCCUCCUCCUUCAGUCAUGAUUUCCUUAUGGAUGUCCUAUCUUCCCCUGAAGCUUCUCCAUCCUAUUUCUCCUUCUCACCAGUGCCUCCCACCUGUGGGCAAUCACCGUCUCAGUCGCCCCCAUCCUUACCUCCAGUACAGCCAUUAGACCAUGUGUCUUUAGCUUCACUCCCUGCCCCCUCUCCCCUUUCCUCCUCUUCACUGUCCCCCUCCUAUGACGACUUCACAGCUUGUACAUCUGAUGCCCGGUUGGUUCCAGAUUGUCUCUCCGUGUCAUGUGAAAGCCCAGUGGAGUGUACCCUGCAUCAGGAUGACUACAACCUAUUAGAUCAACCACAAGGGGGCAGCGUUGUCCAGCAUGUUCCGGAUCAUGCUUUACCCAUACAUCCAAGUCUGCUCACUCCAAGCCAGUCGCCAACUUCCCAAGGGACUUUUGAGUACAGCGAGAGGGAGAGAGAAGAGAUAAGUAUACUGGCUCAGCAGAUAUCCUCCUUGGCAAGUAGUUUUGAUAUGUUUCGCACUUUGAGUCCCAUUCAAAACACCCAAACACGAAUUGUGAGUACUCAACAUUCACCUUGCAGUUUUUCCCACCUCACUCCUCUCUCUGGGUUUAAAUCUGAACCUAUUCUGGAUGAUUGUAUAUUUGACAGCAUCUUAAACGAUUUGGACUUGGCCACCAUAAAGACGAAUAGUCGGAAUUUGUCUUGUCAAAUGCAGCAGCAGCCCUCUGCACCCUUUGGUGCCUCCUUGGACAUGAGAGAGCCUGCAGAUCAGCUCACACCAGGCAGAAUAAACAUGGAUCAAAACAAUGGGUUGCAUCAACUCAACCACUACAUUCCCAGCCUUCAGCAAGAUGGACUGGCUGAAGAAAACCUGUAUUGAACCAAGUCUGUGACUUACUCUACACUGCUCGUAUGGCAUAUUGUCACGUUUAUCUUCCUUUGCUGGUUUCAAAGUUACUGUAAAUAUAAUGGACACUUUUGCUUCGGUGGUUUGAACCCUGAAUGACUUUGGUGUGAAAGUAUUGGUAUAUUCAGGGUUUUGUUUUAGCUGCAGCUUUAUCUUAAUUUCUUAGAUUCGCUGUCAUCUUUGUUCUUGCUGAUGUCUUGUUAAACUGCUUUAAAAUGGUACUUUUGCGAAACAGUUUUGACAACACUUGUAAGCUGAAGAGAGAUUUAUUUUUCUUGUUCAAACCAUUUACAAUUGAGCACUUUAUCAAUGUCAAACCUGCCUGAAUUAUAAUAACGAGGCACCAGAAGCAUUAUUCACAGAUUUUGUAUUCACACAGCAACAGUAUUAGACAAUUUAGGUGCUUCGGUUCAGAGGAACAUCCUUAAUUUGAUGAAAAAAGAGAUUUAUUUUUGUAUUUGCGUGUUUUCUGAAGGAGCAUACUGAGAAAAUUGAGCCAAAUGACUACCUCAUUGAAAAAACAUUCAACUGAAUUCACUGAACAAUGUAUUUAUUGAGUACAAACACUGAGCUGGUCUAACUACUUUUAGUUGUCACUGGUUAAGGUACCAAAAUGUGAAAUGUGAACUUUUUUCAUUCUGCUUUAAUGUUUUCUAUGAGGUACUGUAUACCUGUAAAUAAAGUAAUAAUGAAUACUGAU